AUGGACAUGUUGUCUGUGAAGCUGAAACAGCAAGAAGAGCCCGGGGAGAGCCAGGCACGUCCCUUCCCCAGGGGUUUUGGAGCUCCCUGCUCCGGGGACCCACCCGGUCCCUGCUCUCUGUCCUCAGCUCCUCAGUCUGUCCCCGGGACUCCCCACUUGCUCUUCACCCUGCCCUCUGUUGUCCCCGUCACCCACGCUCUCUCUCCCUGGAGCCAGGCUGGUGGUCAGGGACACGGCUCCCCACCCUGUAAGCGGGCGUUUUCGGCUGUGCCCGUGGCUGUCCUGGGAGGCGCCCGGCUGCCCGCUCCUGGGCCGGGCUCUGCUCUGCUCUCCUCCUCCCGAGCGCAGCCCUGUGUCCACCUCUUGCCAUUCGGGUUUCCACCCCAGACUCUGCUGUCUGCGGACCUCCUGGCUGCUCCUCCUUCACUGGUGACUCUGCCUGGCUCCCUGUUGUCCUUGCUGCCAUUCAUAGUGACGUUGACAUCCACCCACCCAGGACCCCACCUGACACCAGUUAAAUUGCAGUCUGUGACACGGAACCCGGGCGCUGACGUGGAGCACCUUGGGAGAUCCUCACGUGUUGGGAGGGAGCGGGAUCUGCCCACCGCUCGGCCUCUCAGUUCUCCGACCUCCCGAGCUCCAGUGUUUCUCUGGAGCCCAUUUCAGGUGCCGGCCCCCUCGGCUGAGCCCAGAGUGUUGCCAUCAACGGGGCCACCCCGUGGCUUCCUCCAGUUCAUCCGCCUCCAGCCUCACGGAGCACCCGGCCCAUCUCUGCCCUCUCCGUCACCAACCGCUCAUCCUCAUCUUCCUCCAGGGACCAGUGAACUCAAAACGAGCGCUGAGAUCUGCUCACGGGGUCGCCACAUACUCUAUAGAGAAGCGAGAUCAGGGCACACGCAAGAGCUGCCUCCUCUUCCACCGGCCGUGCCCGCCUGUGCCUGCCCCAGCACCCAUCCCUGCUGUCCCCUCUACAGCAACAGGGAGGUGUCUGUGACCCGGCUGAGCCAGCCCCGAUGCUGUGACACGUUGUAUCCUGCAUUGGACAGUGAACCUUCAAAGGGAGAGGUCAGCACGGUGGUACAGAUGAUAUGUGAUGAUGGUGAUGGUGAUGGUGGUGAUGGUGGUGGUGAUAGUGACUGUGGUAAUGGUGAUGAUAAUGGGGGAGAUGAUGAUGGUGAUGAUGGUGAUGGUGAUAGUGGGAAUGGCUAUGGUGAUGGUGAUGGCAAGGAAACCCAGGUCCAGAGAAUGCAAGAGAGUUGCUCAGAGACGCACAGCUCAGAGGUGGUGGGGGCUGGGAUAGGAACCCAGGCCGAUUCCUGCCUGGUGAUUGCGGCACCCUUCAUCCCAGGAACGCUGUGCUGCAGGAAUGACCCCCUCUGGAAGCUGCCGGCGGGUGGGACCGAGGACCUGGGAAGCACCGUAGGCGUCACACCCUCUGCAGGUGCCGCCAGCCCCCUGGAUCAGCCGGGAAUGUUCCACAGUCAGGCCAAGGCCAGGUGGACCCGAGGACCCGAGGCCAAGCCCCUGCUCAGCUCCUCCCCGGCCCCCCCCAACCCCUUCUCUUAA